ACACCACCCAACCUGCCGCUGACACCUUGUUCAUGUGUGAGCUCAGUGAUACGACAGACAUUCGGUCACCACGAUGGACCUGUUAACGUUUGAGAGGGAGAACAUUGAGCGUAUCCAGGCGGUUGAGAAUUCAUUUGGUCCGACAGGAAAGCCUUUAUCCAAGCCAGGUCGGGUUCUGAUGGGACAGGGCCGCCUGAUGAAGCAGGGUCGCCGGAAGUCCCAGCCUAAGGUUUUCUUCCUCUUCAACGACGUGCUGGUGUACGGCAGCAUCAUACUGAACGGCCGCUGGCACAAAAAACAGAAGAUGAUCCCUCUAGAGGACAUCCAAAUGGAGGACAUGGAGAACAGUGAGGGAUUGGGGAACCAAUGGCUGAUGCGUACACCACGCAAGUCGUUUUUUGUGUCCGCCAAUACUUGCGAGGAGAAGCGGGCCUGGAUGGAGCACAUCGAAGACUGCCGGUCAAAACUGCUGCAGGGCGGCAGCAGCAGCCGACCCACUUCCGCCUUAGCCGUCACCUGGAUCCCAGACCAGGCCGCCUUCAAAUGCAUGCGCUGCCUCAAGAAGUUCACUACGACCAAACGCCGGCACCACUGCCGAAAAUGUGGCUUUUUGGUCUGCAAUGCGUGCUCCAAGAAGCGUGCAGUUAUAGGCCACAUUCACCCCACCAAGCAGUUGAGGGUCUGCAGCCUCUGCCACACCAGGAAUACGGAAGAUGAGCUGUCUCGCCUGAGAGGAGACAGCACUGGAAAGAACAGCUCAGAGGAGGACUAUGAGGCAGCAUCCAGUGAUGAAGAGGAGGGAGAGGAGAUGAUGCAGAAGCACGGUGAUAGCUCCUGGCUGAACUCCCGCAUGGGCACCUGGGGACACACGGGCACCUAUGUUUACCCAAGGCCAAUGAAUCAGCGGCCCCAAUCAGAGCCGGCCCUGGGCAUGGGCAUCAUAAGCGGAUGUUAGGGGUGUCAUCCAUCCAUAAGGGCAAACCAAAUGACGGACAAAUUGUUUUUACAUAUAUAACUUUUAUAACUUUUUUUUACUCAUACCAUUUUAAUACUAUUAUUUUUACACUAAAAUCCCACAACAACAUAACUACCUAGCCUUACAUUAGUCAGGGCCGGCUCUGGCCCCAAUAAAACACAACCACAUCAAGACUAGUACAGGCUCUUAGAUAUGUUCACCAUCAAACUAUAUAUAUGUAUAUAAUGAAGAGUAUUGGACUUUUGAAUGGAUUAAGAUGACACAAAGCUGAUCCAAUGCAAUAGCAGUGGGUGAAAAGUCAAUUGAAUGAUCAUUGAAGAAGGAAUUAAGUGUUGUAUUUGCUGCCGUCAUGACUGCACCAUUGACGUGCUUCAUGCUUUAUGGGAACACUUGGAGUCCCAAGGCACCAAUUAUCUUCUCAGAGUGUAAUUAUUAUUUGAUGUCAGAGGAUGUUGAGUAGAACAUUUUAUUCAGGCGUUGGCAAGUGUCGGUCGCUGUUUACAUAUAAGAAAGCUUUUGCACUUCAUACUGUAUCUGCUCUUUCAUUUUGCUUCGAAAUGAGCUAAAAAAA